AUGGCGUCGAACGCACCUCCUCCUCUUCCUCCUCGGCUACCUUCUCCGCUACCUGCUCACACCGAAAGCAAUCUAGAAUUAGCAAUCCGGAAAUGUAUCCCAAAAGAGCUGAUUCCCGAGACUUGGGAAUGCGAGCAUAUGGAUCAUAAAGACAACGUGGCACGUCUUCUAGUAGAAGGAAUAAAACUAUUUGGAAUAUUCGAGUCCGUCGAUGAGCUCUACGACACCAUUUUCGACUUUAUGGAUUUCCCGGCGAGCUACGAGCACUUCCAGAUGGUCCGACGCGAUCGAGUGGAACGAUUCCCGUAUGUCGCCAAAAGUGUCAAAGGAAAACCGUGUAUCUAUCAAAACGAUGUUCACAAGUUAUUCGAUCACCUUCAUCUUUGUCCAUAUCUUCCGGAGAUCUCCAUGUUUUCCGAGGGGAUUCUGGAUGAUUGCUGGGAAGUACUAAGAGGAAAAAAGCAUCACAAAAUGAUCGCGUGCUCGUAUGAACCAGCGCCACCGACGUUCGAGGAGGAAGACCAUAAGAAACUUGACGAACAGAUCUCGACGACAGGGUUUAUGAACUUGAAGUCGGACUUUAAGGAUAUGGCGGCGAAAACUCAAGGUUCGAUAGGAGGUGUCAUUUUCUCUUCGAUGGACAAGCUCACCGAACAGUUGAAGGUUGGAAAUCUAGAAGUGACAACUGUGGUUGCCUGGGUUGGAUUUGUGAUUGGAAGAGUUGCAAAGUUGAUCCAAGAAUCAAAUAUUCACUUGCCACCAAUCAACGUCCUUCUGAAUCCAGAGGGUGAACCCAUCAAACAAGUACCAGUCAUCCGAUUAUUCUCGAUUGAAAAGAAUCACUUUGUGAUGGUUCACGACUUGCUCGAGAUUCUAGAAGAGCAUGGUGUAAAGCCGGAGGUAUCGGAGAAGUUGGCAUUGAUCCCAGAAGAUCUCAGAAAUCAGAAACUGUCUACAAUAACCUUCCAAAACGCAUUGGGUGUGUUGAAGGAGGUUGGUGAUGAGCACUUGAAGGAGAUGGAGUUUGCAAAGAUGAAGAGUAAUCUGUUGAAGUUUAAUCAGAGACCAAUUCCAACUCAUUAUGGAGGUUACUGUAUCCUCGCUGUGGAUGCACUCUACGAGCUUCUCAUGGAUAUUGUUGUGGCGAAAAAGGUGUUUCAUACCUUUGAAGAGAGGGAUUGGCUGGUAAUUCUUGAGUUCUUCAAGUCGAUGGAAUCUCAUUUCGAUGUAGCUAGAAAUGAUAUCUACUUUAUGGAUUUAAAAGAGGUGGAGACUAUCAAGAAGGAGUGGGAGAAGGUAUACAAUGAGAACUUGAAAUUUGCCUCAUCGUUCCCAAGACUUGUCAUUGUUCGGGACAAGGACACUUUCACUAUGAACACCUUGGAUAAAGAGCUGAAACGUCUGAAACUGGAUACGUGCUUUGGAAACGGAAACCUCAUGCAAUAUGCGUAUCCUAUUUAUCUGAAGCUGAAAAAGAAGUCGUUGUCAAUGAGUAACCUGCAUUUGGCGAUUGCACAGUGUCAAAUCAACGCGCUCGUUCGGAAAGUUCCCAAGAUGUUGGAGUUUAUCAAGAAGCAGCAAGCGUGUGGUAGGAUGAAUCUUGUGAAUCUGGAGAUUGAUGAAGUCACAGAGGGCGUGGCUAAGUUGGAGACUAGCGAGAAGAAGGAGACGAAAACGUCAAAAAAGAAGAAGAAUAAGAAGCAGGGAAAGAAGUGA